AGCGGUGCUCGGGUCCGGUAACAACAUGGCGGCGUCCGUGAGGGGCUCCUUUGGGCAAGGGUAGUGUUUGGUGUCCCCGUCUUGCGUGAUAUUGACAAACUGAAGCUUUCCUGCACCACUCGACUUAAGGAAGCGUGUACUCGUAGGAGGACAGCUUUAGUGACCGGCAGUCCGCUCUCAUCCCCCAUAAGGAGCAAAGUCCUUUGUACUGACCAGGAUGAGCAACAUCUACAUCCAGGAGCCUCCCACGAAUGGGAAGGUUUUAUUGAAAACUACAGCUGGAGAUAUUGACAUAGAGUUGUGGUCCAAAGAAGCUCCUAAAGCUUGCAGAAAUUUUAUCCAACUUUGUUUGGAAGCUUAUUAUGACAAUACCAUUUUUCAUAGAGUUGUGCCUGGUUUUAUAGUCCAAGGCGGAGAUCCUACUGGCACAGGGAGUGGUGGAGAGUCUAUCUAUGGAACACCAUUCAAAGAUGAAUUUCAUUCACGGUUGCGUUUUAAUCGGAGAGGACUGGUUGCCAUGGCAAAUGCUGGUUCUCAUGAUAAUGGCAGCCAGUUUUUCUUCACACUGGGUCGAGCGGAUGAACUUAACAAUAAGCAUACCAUCUUUGGAAAGGUUACAGGGGAUACAGUUUAUAACAUGUUGAGGCUGUCAGAAGUAGACAUUGAUGAUGAAGAAAGACCACAUAAUCCACACAAAAUAAAAAGCUGUGAGGUUUUGUUUAAUCCUUUUGAUGACAUCAUUCCAAGGGAAAUUAAAAGGCCGAAAAAAGAGAAACCAGAGGAGGAAGUAAAGAAAUUGAAACCCAAAGGCACAAAAAAUUUUAGUUUACUUUCAUUUGGAGAGGAAGCUGAGGAAGAAGAGGAGGAAGUAAAUCGAGUUAGUCAGAGCAUGAAGGGCAAAAGCAAAAGUAGUCAUGACUUGCUUAAGGAUGAUCCACAUCUCAGUUCUGUUCCAGUUGUAGAAAGUAAAAAAGGUGAUGCAGCGGGAGAUUUAGAUGAUGAUGGAAAAGAUGAAAGUGCAGAGUAUGAUGAAUAUAUUGAUGGUGAUGAAAAGAACCUGAUGAGAGAAAGAAUUGCCAAAAAGUUAAAAAAGGACACAAGCGCGAAUGUUAAAUCAGCUGGAGAAGGAGAAGUGGAGAAGAAAUCAGUCAGCCGCAGCGAAGAGCUCAGAAAAGAAGCAAGACAAUUAAAACGGGAACUCUUAGCAGCAAAACAAAAAAAAGUAGAAAAUGAAGCAAAACAAGCAGAAAAAAGAAGUGAAGGUGUUAUCAUUGACCACAUGAUUCAACCGGACCCACCUCCAUGUCUAUAUUCCAGCAACAGGGAAGAGGAAAGAGCAAGUACCAGACUGGUGACUUCAUCUUUAAGGAGAUGACCCAAAAGUUGCACGAAGCACUUUCACUCUUACCGUAUUGUACUGAAAUCACAUGACCAUACCUAGCUGUAAAAAAAAGCUGAGGAAUAAAGUCUCCAGUUGGGUGUCCACAUGGCUGGCUAACUAAAUAUCAAGGAUGGGAGAUAUAUGGGGUUGAUUCUUUUACUAAAAGGUGAAAGGGAUGACUGAAUCCAGGGAGAAAAUUAGCAGAGUCUGUUAUAUAAUAUAGACAAAAUCCUAGGAAGAACCAAAUAGGCAGUAGUCUAUUGGGUCAGGGAAAGCUUGACCAAGUAUCUGAGCUAUGUUUUGAGAGACAAAUAAGAUUCCACUGCAAAAUGAAGGACAAUAAGUAUAACAGUAGUUGGAAAGGUGCCUGGCAGAGCAGGGGCCAUAGAUUCAUCUCUAUAUGCCUAAUACUUUGCAUAGUAAUGGGCAAAAUAAUAAGCAUUCAACAAACAGUUGCUGAAGUAAUGAAUGAAACUGUUAAGUGUUUGCUUAAGUGAAUAAUCACAUUGUUUGUAAACUAAGGGGAAAAAGAAUAACCAUGAAAAAGACAAUUUUUUGAGGAUGAAUCUAUGAUAACAUGAAGAGCACAGAUGCACAUUUAAAUAAUGGGCAAAAUUCCAGAUAAGAGCUAUGAACUUAUUAUGAAACAGUACAAUGUGAUUUGAUGGUAUGUAGCAGAAAGGGCCCAGUCAAGAGAUGGAAUCCACAAACAGUGAUUUGAACAGAAACAAAAACAUUUGUAAUAGCUUUAUUGCAGAAUAAUUUAAAGUGAACAAUUUGGCAUGUUUUGACAUAUGUCUAUACCUGUGAAAACGUCACCACAAUCUAGAUAGUGAACAUAUUCCUCAAGGCCCAACAUGUUCUCAUGCCCCUUGUUAACCCCCUCUCUGAUCCCCUGGCAACCACUAAAGUUUUCUACCACUAUAAAAUAGUUGUAUUUUCUAAAUCUUAUUUAAAUGAAAUCAUAUUCUCUAUGUACUUUUUUGUCUAACUUCUUUCA